AUGGGGGUGGCCUCUGAAGGCCAAAAGGACGUCGUAUGCCCUGAUUUGAUUUGGACGCUGAACUCUGGGCGCUCACCCGGGUUAGACAAGCUAGGCCCGCAGCAGGCCACCAAUUUCUUCGGGACCGGUUCGUCGUGUCUUACUACGAAGGGACGCCGUCAAGUGCAAACGGAGCCGAGAGCCUUUCCAACCAAGAAUGGCGAUCACUCUUACUCUACAGCUACAUCCUACGGAGAGUUGCGCAUGGCCCGUCUGAUACCGCGGCCGACAUCGGCUUCACCACUGAUAACUCCCGCUCAGCCCAUGGACGGGACGUGGAAUAUGUCACCAGAGCUUACAUCGCGCUGCACCUGGAGAAUGGCCGCAACAAGAAACCGAGCAUUUACGGAGAGGUUUGGGCUCGACAAGCCCACCUGCUGCACCUGCCCGCAUGGCAUACCUGAAGGUCGCGGUAGAACUUGUGGCUGUGUAAGACAGCGAGAAAUAGAACUAGAAGCAGUCCAACUUUGCGCAGCGCUGGAGAGGAGGUGUCCUCAGUGGACCAUGGAUGGCGAGCGCAACCUGUGGAUGAUAAAGCCCGCGGGUGCGUCGAGAGGCCAAGGUGUCCGGGUCGCAUGGACCCUGGAUCAGAUCCUCUACGCACAGAAAACGAUGGGAGGCAGGGUCGUCCAGAAGUACGUUGAAACGCCCUUGCUACUGCCUCGCCCUUCGCAACAAACAAGAACGCCCGGGGACUCUCGACACACUUACCUCCGCAGCAGUAGAGACACUCCUCGAGCGGGCAAUGUUGGAAGUUGUGCGGGAGAACUGCGGUUGGGGGAGGAGAGUGACAAAGGGAUGAGCAAGGCUGACGGCGUCGAAGCAAUCGGAAGGGGCAAAAUACAAAUCUUGGCUUCCUUGGAGGCAGUCGAUACCCAACCACUUUCUUCCAGCGGCGAAACAACCUCGCCACCACGCAGUCCCGAAGGACAGGGAGAUGAUACGAGCUACCACUCAAAACAUCCUACAAAUAACGUCGACACCAACUCGGGAGUCUUCGCAGAAGCGCGGAAGUUCGACAUUCGGACAUGGGUGCUGGUCACAGGGUGGAGUCCUCUGGAAGCGUUCGUGUUCGACGAAUGCUACUUGCGUGUGUGUCCUCAGAGCUUUACGCUAGCCGAGUCGAGGCUCGGUGAUCAAGGUGUUCACCUCACCAACCUCUCUGUGCGGCGGCCGGUCAAGACCUACGGUAGGCGACGGAGGCAAGGGCACACGCGACGGCCGUCCUCAGCAUCGACAACAGGCCUUCGUGUCGUAAGCCACGGGGGCGGUGGUGCGCUCGCCCAUCUCUCGGAAGACUUGCCGGCCCAGGGACCCGUUGGGCAACGACGAGAUCCGCGGUCCAGGGACGAGUGGGAUGCAGGAGAAGGCGUUGUGGGGACCCAGGCGGAACUCAUCCAAACCCUUGGCGGGUUGAUCGGACAGAGGCGUGUCGAGAAGUCGACGCGGAGCAGGGAGGAAGAUGUACGAACGAGAGGGGAGCGACUGUGGAGAAACAAGGUUUCGCCGUCGAUAGACAGGGUCAUCGGAAGCACUCUCCUUGCUGCUCAGCCUUACGUGAGGCCAAGGGCCUCAUCGUUCCAACUUUUCGGGUUUGACCUUCACCUGGACUGCGACUUGAACCCAUGGCUCCUCGAGGUAAACCUUUCGCCGGCGCUGAGCCAUACUUCCAAGCGGCAGAGCGCCAUCAUCCGUUCCAUGUGCGAGGGGCUUCUGCGUCUUACGGUGGACCGUAUGUUCCCGGCGCUGCAACCGCCCUCGUCGUGCGGUGGUGUUGAUCCCGAAAGCAACGACUCCGACAGCCUGAAGCAAGCGGAAGACCAGCAUUGCUCGGGAAAAUGGAGACCAAUAUGUCCCUCGACUGUAGGGCACGAGUCUGUCGUUGACGUGGGUCAAAGCAUAGGACGCCCGAGCGCCGAAGUACUGUCGUUGCGAGGCCAGCACCUCACGAAGAAAGGUCUGGCUCGGGCAGAGCGCGGUGUGCGAGAAGCCACAGCCGCGAACGUUCUGAGAGCGUGGUGGUUAUCAAGAGCUGAUGAGUGUCGAGAAACACGAUCAAAAAAAUCGCAUGCAAUCGCCGAGAUUAGCCCGUGGAUAAUCAGGCUGAUAGCUCGCCGCAGGCGGAGAGCGCUACAGGCCAAGAAAGAAAGAUCGGUGCGGGUUAUCCAGGCGGGUUGGAGGCGAGCAAGUGCGAGAAUGUUGGAGACCCGGAGCCACAUCGCCCGCGUUGCAGUCUGUGUCGUUCUGCAGACGAUGUGGAGGCGUCGGAAGCUCGAGCGCUGCUACCGUUUCCGACAAACUCGUUGCAAGGUGUCUUCAGGCCUUCGCAGGGCACUGCAGCACGCUGGUUACGCUGCGAGGAUCCAUUAACGCCAAUUCCAGAAGCACCAGUUCUCCGAGGAGCAACGGGAGUCGUACAAGCGUCGAAGAAAAUCAAACAAAGAGAGCGCCAUCGGGAAAUAACGAAUGCUCCAGCGGAGUGCUUAGGCUCGAAGACAUUUUGCCCGGCUACAACUCACGCCGUCAUAAAACGACGCGUCUUGGUAUUGUUAAGGGGCGUGGUCGAUCCGAGUUUCGUUGCGGCCGCAGGCCAACGGGGGCGGGUGACUCCUCCGGCGGCGACAGCUGGCGGGCGACGCCUCCAUUGUAUGGUGACGGCCAGGGUCGUUCAUAUCCACUGGCAGGAGGAGCGCAACCAAUGGAUAGAAGUAGGCAUGGACGGACUCGACAAGCUGACGCGGCGGUCAACCCUCCAUCCCAUGCUGUCAAUGGAAGAGGCCAUCGACGCAAAGCGACUGGGAACAUUAUCGAUUGCGCCCCCCCGCCCUUCAGGUUCGGGUUUCGUAGUACCGGGGAAAGUAGUGACGCUCGGAAAUUGAGCACGGGAUGGAAAGGGGCACCAGGUGUUGACCGGGCUUCCUGUAGGAACGCGAGUGCAGCAAAUCCGUCCACCAGGCGCACGUUUGCCACGAGAACAACCGGU